AUGGUCAGAGUUAAUAAAAAGCUUCAACAAGUUGACGAACAAAAGGAUGAUAAUUCUUCUACAUCUCCCUUGGUACCGUUAAAACAGGAACUGUAUACGCUACAAGCAAAUUGCACAAAUCCUCAUGUUAUUGGUUUAGUUGGGAAAAAACUUCGUGCCAUCCGUAAAAAGCGACGUUAUCUAAAACGUGUUCAAGAAUGUGGACAGAAUUCAAACUUAAAGUCUACGCCUAUUAUUGUUCACACUACAACUGGUAGUAUACUUGAAAGAUUAAAAUCAGACAUGUUGUCCGAUAUCGAAUUGCCGAAAAGUGAUGAAGAAAACACUACGACUGUAUCUAUCGAACAGAUAGACGAUAAUGCUGAUGGUGACGGCUAUCAUAAUAGACUGUCAGCUGAUGAUUGUGCGUCCAGUGAGAGAUGUAUAACUGCUUCAACUACUGUUCGAAAAUCAAUAGUGAAAGACGAAAGUUUCGGUGGAAAUGAAUUAUUUCCCGACUGCUACUCUCCGGUCUCCUCCCAACCUAACCUUAAUCAACGCAACUGUACCACUACUAAAUACUAUAAUCAGAUGAAAAUGAUCUUACGUAAAUCCAUUGAUGAGUGUCAGAUGCGUAUAAAACUUUUAGACAGUUUGCAACAAUUACGCUCAGUGCGACUUACUCAAGCUAAACAACAAGGUGGCCUUUUCCCCCAUCAAGUUGAUGAAAAAUUCAAUUUUGACAUUAGUGAAUUAAAAGAUCUAUUACUUGGGCAAGCUGCAAAAUUAGAAUCGUCUUAUGCAAAAGUCAAGGAUAUACUUCGAUACCGUGAAAAUCUACAAUCAAAACAUAAUUAUAAUGCCAUUUCACAAACUCAAAGUAGUUGCUGCAUUCAUGUACCAAAUUUGUCAAAAUCAUUACAAAUCAAACUAUUCGGAAAUCAUUGCACUACUAAGCUAUCAGAUAUUCCUCAACGUUGGCAACGCUUUUACCAUCAAGCUGAUUAUAACUUCUGCGAUUUUAUCAGAAUUAGAUAUGCAUGGGAUAAAUAUCUCAAAACAGAUAUUUCUUUAAGUGAUCAGUUGGACAAUUAUGAAUUGCCUAGACACUGGAUUCUUCCUGAAAUGGAUAGGAAUGAACAGAAGGAGAAAGAAAAGGAGGCUACUAAUAACAAAGAUACUACAACUGACUGUACUGAGAAGGGUGUUAGUAAUGUACACGAUAAAUGGGUUAGAUAUUUGAAAGUAAUCCCUGUUUCUAUAUGCUCAACUUCUUGUUCUUCAUCUGAUUUUGUGCCUUCUUGA